AUGCACAAGCAGCAGCAACAGCUGCAACACGAAAGGAAUCUAUGGGUGAAUACUCCUUGCUGCCAUCCGCAGGCCAAGCAACAGCAGCAGAAGCAGCAGAAACAGCAACAACACCAGCAGCAGCAUCAAAAAGCAGAAGCCAGCUGCAACAGGCGUGCGCGGAGCUGCAGCACGUGCAACAGUAGCAGCAGCAGCAGCAGCAGCAGUAGCAGCCUGUGUCUGCUGCACCCUACCCGAACCUUCGAUGUGGGGUGCCCCCCUAAUUUACUGCAUUUUGAAAAGGGUCCCCCUCAGGCACCAGAAACGAAUUUGAAGGUCUGCUGCUGCAGAAGAAGUUCUUCGUGCAGCAGCAGCAGCAGCAGCAGCAGCAGCAGCAACUGCAGAAGCGGCAUGGCGCGGAUGGGUGUCAGGCAGCGACACUUGCAGCAGCAGCAAGUGCAGCAGCAAGAGCUGCAGCAAGUGCAGCAGCAAGUGCAGCAGCAAGUGCAUCAGCAAGUGCAGCAGCAGCAGAUGCACCGCCAGCCCAUACAAGGUGGUGCUGCGCAUUGUGAGGCACAGGCGCCCCCUCAGCAUCAACAGAAGCAACUAAAGCAGCAGCAAAAGCAGCUGCAGCAGCAGCAGCAUGGCUCAGCAGCAGCAGAAAAUCUGUGGUGCUCUCCUAAUAUAUCUCAAACCCUACGUCAGACUCUUAGGAGGCAUCAAUCAGCGACUGAACGAUCUCUGCUGGAGCUGGAGAAGGCAGAAGCUGCAACAGAAACAACUUUAAAGGAAACAAUUGCAGAAAUACAAAACUCACAGAUGCGAGCAGCAGCAAACGCCCGACUGUCUGAGCAGCUGCAGAGAGAUAUCAAUGAAGCCACCCACAGCCUCCUUGAACACGAAAAAGACCUUGAACUCGCCAUUGAACAGCUCACGUCCUUGAAGAAGGAACAGCUUCAAUUCUCUUCUUGUACAGAGGACUCAAAGGCGAGAGAGCAGGAGGAGGUUUCAACUGGCGGCCUCACGGACGAAGAAUCACUGGCGGUAGACACGGAGCUGCUUCGAGUGUCUCAGGAAGUUAAGAAGACGAAAGACACCGAAAAGGAAGCAGCUGAGAAGGUUGGGCGUCUGAGGCAGCAGCUGCUGCUGCAGCAGCAGGAGAGACACAGGAGAGCGCUCUAUAAACGCAUGCAGCAGCUGCAGCAGCAAUACGAGGAAAUUGGACAGAGACAGAUAGAGCUGCAGCAGCUGCAGCACUGGUGGGAGGCCUACGGGCAGCGGCAGCUCCUGCACGAGCGGCGACAAGCGCAGUUGCUGGUGCAGCAAAAGAAGUCCUUCCGAAGGGCAUCAGAAGGGUCUGCUGCUGCUGCUGCUGCUGCACCAACGGGCUCGCUGCUGCGGCGUCUACCGCCAUACUUGCAGCAGCAGCAGCAAAAGAAGCAGCCAGUAGCUGCUGCAGCACUUGAAGCCGUUGGGAAGCAGCAGCAGCAGGAGCAACGGCAGCAACACGUACUGCGCAAGGGCUACAGCUGUCUCAGACAGCAUAGACAGCAGCAGCAACUGCAGCAGCAAGACCUACAACAGCAGCAGCAAGAUUUACAGCGUACAGCAGCAGUGGCGAGGCGAGCAGCUGCAGCAGCAGCAAGACUCAGAGAUACAGCAACACCAAAAUCUACAGCAGCAGCGUCAGAAAGAUCAGCAGCAGCAGAAACUGCAGCGGCACCGCAAGCUGCAGCAGCAACAGCAGCAGCAGCAGCACAGGCCGAGGGCCGUCUGCCGCCAAAGCGGCAGCUGCUGCAGCAGCAGGUGCUGCAGGAGCAGCAGCAGCAGCAGCAGCAGCAGCAACAGCGAGUGCUUUGGCAGCAGGAGCAACAGGAGCGGAAGCGUUGUCUGCCGCAGCAGCGACGCCAACGCGUAAUGCAGCAAGAGCAAGUGCUGCAGCAGCAGCAACAUCAGCAGCAUGAAGAGCAGCGUGCUGCUGCUGCUGCACCAGCUGUAGUCCUUGCGGGGGCCCCUCAGCAGGGGUGCGCCCAGCAGCAGCAGCAGCAGCAGCAGCAGCAGCCGCACACUCCGCUAGAGUCUUCGCCGCAGCAGCAUCAGCUGCUCCACCCGCAGCAACACAUGCAGCAGCAGCAGCACAUGCACCAGCAGCACAUGCAGCAGCAGCAACAGCAGCAGCAGCACAUGCAGCAGCAGCAGCAGCACAUGCAACAGCAGCCAACCUUAGGUGGCGCUGUAUAUAUGCAAGAAGCAUCACCUUGGGUUGCUGCAGCAGCUCUGGGGCUGCCGCAGCAGCAGCACAUGAAUUAUGCUGCUGCUGCUGCAGCACCGCAGCAGCAGCGCAACAACAGCGACUCAAAUGCUUCAGCAGCAGCAGCAGCAGCAUCACCACCCGCAGGGUUUGCUGCUGCCUCGUACGCUCCUGCUGCAGCGGCAGGAGGAAUGUCUGUCAACCCACAGCAGCAACAGCAGCAGCAGCAGCAGCAGUUGCUGGGCGGCCGCCACAUGCAGGCGUACGGAUCGAUGCCCGCUCACGCUGCUGCUGCUGAUCCAGCAGCAGCAGCAGCAGCAGGGGGGCCAGGCUCUCUUCGCUAUUCUGGGGCCUAUACAUGCCCUCAGCCUGCUGCUGCUUACUAUGGGCGCCCGGUGAGCAGCAGCAGCCCCUAUCCUGCUGCUGCUGCAGCAGCAGCUGCUGCUGCUGCAGCGGGGUUCGCUGCUUUUGGGGGCCCGCAGCAGCAGCAGCAGCAACAACCGCACCUCAUGACUGCAGGCCCACAGCAACAGCAGCAGCAGCAACAGCAGCAGCAGCAGCUGCCUCCUGGGAUGCCUGCUGGUGCAGUGUGGGCCGCAGGAACUCCAGCAGCAGCAGCAGCAACAGGAUCUCCUGCUGCUGCUGCUCAAGCUGCAGCAACAGCAGCAGCAGGCAUGGCAGGCUCGCCUUAUCCGGAGCAGCAGAUGCAGCAGCAUCAGAUGCAGCAGCAGCAACUGCAGCAGCAACAAAUGCAGCAGCAGCAACUGCAGCAGCAACAGAUGCAGCAGCACCAGAUGCAGCAACAGCAGAUGCAGCAGCAGCAAGCUAUGCUGCACUGGCAGCAGCAGCAACACCAGCAGCAGCGGCGCAACAGUCAUUCUACUGGGUGGGGAAUGCAGCAGCAGCAGCUGCCUGCUGCUGCUGCUGCUGCUGCUGUGCCACCACAGCAGCAGCAACAGCAGCAGGCGUACGUGCAGCAGGCUGUUUGCGCGGAGUCGCAGCAACAGAUGCAGCCUCAGCAGCAGCAGCUGCAGCAGCCAAUGCAGCAGCAGCACCACCACCAAGAGAUGCUGUAUCCUGCAGCACCGCAUGCAGCAACAGGAGCAGCAGCAGGAGCAGCAGGAGCAGCAGCAGCAGCAGGCCCUGUGCCACGUCCUCAGCAGCUGCAGCAGAACAUGGGCCCUUCUUCAGCACAGCGGAGCAGCAGCAGCAGCAGCAGCAGCGGCAGCGGCAGCAGUAGCAGCAUCAGGAGGAAGCCUUUUGUGAUGGAGGUGCCGCAGCAGCAGGGACUGCUGCUGCAGCGCAGCAACUUGUCUCUGCUGCAGCAAGAAGCAGCAUGGAUGGCUCGCGAUUAUUACUAUGAACGGCGGUGGAAGAAGCAGCUGCUGCUGCGGCUGGGCAGCAGCGCAGCAGCAGCAAAACGUGUGAAGAUGCUGCAGCAGCAGCAGGAAGAAAGGAGAGUCCUUGCUGCUCCCUGGGCAGCAGCUGUAGAGACAGUGUACAUCGCUCUCUUGCGUCAGGUGUAUAGGGACCUUGUGCCUCCUGAAUGGGCGUCGCUAGCAGCAGAUAUACCCCCAAUCGAUAAUUGCCCGGGGCUUGAGGUGUAUAGGCAGCUGGUGGAGCAGCAGCAGCAGAAGCAGCAGCAGCAGCAGGAGCAGCAGGAUAUUGACGAGGACGAGCUGCUGCCUCCUUUUUUGCAGCAGCAGUUGCCGCUGCAGCAGCAGUUGCUGCUGCAGCAGCUGCAGCAGCAGCAGGAUGGCGGGGUGCAGCGGCAAGCGCUUAUAGAGAAGAUCAAGAGACAAUGCCUCUUCCGCCUAGCAGCAGCAGGCAGCAGCAGCAGCCCUUGGAGGCCCCAGCCUCCUGCUGCUUGGGCGACGCAGUCUCCUCUUGCUGCUGCAGCAGAAGCACUGGUGCUGCAGCUUGAAAGCAACAGAGCUGCUAACACACAGCCGCUGCCUCCUCGUUACUGCCAGCUGUCUCCGCAGCUGCAUGCAUAUCUCUUGUGUCUGUUAACGAAGCGGAAGCUCGAGUGUGAAGCUGCUGCUACUGCAGCAGCAGCACCAACUGAUGGAGCAGCAGCAGCAGCAGAAACAGCAGCAACACCAGCAGCAGCAGCAAAGCAGCACCCGAAGGGGGCAAUCCUAGUUAAAGAGGAAAGAGCGCUUCAAUCAACAGCAGCAGCAGCAGCAGCUAAGAGCAGCAGCAGCUGGAGCAGCAGCAGCUGGAGCGACUUGGAAGAUGCUGCAUGCAGCCGCACUUUAGAUGACUGGCUGUAUCAUCAGCAGGAGCAGCUGCUGCAGCAGCAGCACCCAUUGAUAUUGAAUAUGUUUGCUGCAGCGCCUGCUGCUUUUGUUGCUGCUGCUGGCUUACUAGAAAACCUGCAGCCCCUGCAGCCGCUGCAGCAGCACCAGCCCCGGAAGCGGCAGCAGCAGCAGCAGCAGCUGUUGCUACCACCAAAGCAGGCGGAUGAAGAGCAGCAGCAGCAGCAGCAGCACUCAGCAGAAGCAGCAGCAGAAGCAGAAGAACGAAGGCAGCAGCAGAUUCGCGCUUUAGCUGUCUCCUGCAUGCUUGACAGUGUGCAGCAGCAGGGGGUGUAUGUACACCCCGUGGAGUUGAGGCCUCCUCAGCUGCCAGUAGAUCUCAUCACGCUCCCUGCCUUCACAACCGGCGGCUGCUGGCGGCGCUGCGUGCGGCUGCUGCUGCAGCAGUUCAGCAGCAGCAGAAAGACAGAUGCUGCUGCUGCUCAGGGAGAGGCAGCAGCAGCAACAGCAGCAGCACCGAUUGUGGGGGCGACAGCAGCAACAGCCGCAGCAGCACAGCAGCAGCAGCACGGGGCUGCAGCAGGAGCAUGGGGAUCAGCAGCAGCAGAUCGAGGCGCUGCAGCAGCAUAUGCAGAUACACUGCGGAGACAAGGGGCAGGCAAGAUGUCUGUGUAUGAUGCGCGGGGACGGCGAGCGGGAGGAAUGCCUGUAGAAGCAGCAGCAACGGAAGCCGACAGGGCAGCAGCAGCAGCCGCAGCUGCCGCUGCAGCUGCUGCUGCUGCUGCGCACGACAGCGAGACGCUGCUGCAGCGCCGCAGCCAGCAGCAGCAGCAGCAGCAGUGGGAUCUGCACGAGUCUGCUUUGCUGCUGCACUUAGCGGGUCGUUUUGCUGGCAGCAGCAGCAGAAGCAGCAGCAGCAGCAGCAGGGCUUGGUUCUCAUCAGCAGCAUCUUUACCCCUCAAAAGCAGCAGCAGCAGCAGCAGCAGCAGCAACGAUAUUAACUGGGGUUUGGUUGCUAGUGCUUUGUCUUGCCUGGGAUCGUGUGGGGGGAUCGUCUCCAGGCUUCGUCUCCCAGAUGAGUGCUGCAGACAGUACACUGUGCUGCUGCAGCAUCUGCAGCAGCUCCGCCAGACGCCAAAAGAUAUGCGGCACCCGAUGCUGCUGCUGCUGCUGCUGCAGCGGAGGUCUAUUACUGCUGUUGAUGUCAUCGCUAAGUGCCUUCCGGCUCAUUGUUCGUUUGGUGGUUUUGCUGCUGCUGAUCGGCACAAACCUUCAUUUGAGUUGCUGCUGCCCCUGAAGCCUCGCCAGUUGCUGCUGCUGCAGCAGCAGCAGCAGCGGCGGCGGCAGCAGCAGCAGAAGCAGCAGCAGCUGAUGCUGCUAGACCGCAAGGCGCUUCCAGGGCCUGGAGAUAUGAAAAGAGAGGAGGAGUCAACUACAACGAGCAUAACAAGCAGCAGCAGCAACAGCAGCAGCAGCAGCAGCAGCAGCAGCACGAGUCCGUUCCUGCUGCCACCUGCUGCUGCUGUUGUGGUGGAAGGAGAAGAAGCAGCAGCAGCACGUGCUUUCUCGCUGCCCAUUGACUUCGAGUCGGAGCUGCGGCUCUUCCAGAAGCUGCAGCAGCAGCAGCAGGAGCAGCAGCAGCAGCAGGAGCAGCAGCAGCAGCAGCAGGAUGACUGUUGGAUUUUGGCGCCUCGUAUAAAAUCGUAUUCAUUAGAUUGGGCUGCUGCUUCCUCACGUGCGCAGCAGCAGCAGCAGCGGCUGUGGCUGGCGGAGGCUGCAGCAGCACCGUCAGCAGCAGCAGCAGCAGCAGCAGCAGCAGGUGCAGCAGCAGCGGAGGAUCCAAAUGAAGAAACGCUGCAGCAAGUACUCUCUUCCCUUUGCUCUCGUAAGGGUUUGCAUUUAAGGCUGAGGGCUCGUGAGAAGAGGUACAGCAGCAGCAGCAACAGCAGCAGCAGCAGCAGCAGCAGCAGCAGCAGCAGCAGCUUGCCAUCAGCAAAGAAGCGCAAGCAGCACUCCCUGUACAAGACCAUCCAUGACAUGGGAGCGCAUAGUGUCUCUGCUUGGGGUGUAUCUGCCUGGGCCUUUCUUCAUUCGUCUCCUCCCCCUCCUUCUGCAGAGCCCCCCGUUGACCCGCAGCAGUGCGCCGGGCUGCGAGCUGCAGCAGCAGUUAUUUGCCGCUGCAGCAACAGCAUGCGUCGGCGUCUCGCGGUGCAGCAGCAGCAAGAAGCCCUUCAUAUCCGCAGCCUUCUUCCCGCUGGCGCGGACCCGAAGCUGAUAACUCCUCCCCACCCUUCUCACCACAACCUGGCGAAGCAAGCGCGCCGCCACUUUGCGCUGUUUGAAAGAGGCGAGAAGGCAGCAGAGACAGCAGCAACAGAAGCAGCGAAGCCAGCGUCGUCAACGCCUGCAGCAGCAGCAACAGGAGCAGCAGCAGCAACAGCAGCAGCACCAGGAGCAACAGCAGCAGCAACUGCUUCGCCAGCAGCAGCAACAUCUCCUGCUGCUGGUGCAGCAACAGCAGCAGGCGACGCUGCAACAGGAGCAACAGCAGCAGCUCCAGCAGCAGCUGCUGCAGCAACACCCCCUACCGGCCCAGCAGCCUCAGCAGGUUCUGCUGCAGCAGCAACAACGCCGGCUGGUGCAGCAGCAGCAGCAGCAGCAACCUUGCUGCCUUGGCUGCAGCUCGCCACGCAUGCAUUGCAGCGGGGGAGGCAGCAGCAGCUGCUGCUGGGCCCGCAGCAGUUCAACGGGGGUGGUGUUAGCCCUGCAAACCCUCGGAAGCCUCAGCUACCUGAACAGUACAUCUUGGCUCUGCAGGGCAGAGGAGGCGAGGAGGGUGCUGCUGCUGCUGAAGGGAAAUCAACAGCAGCAGCAGCAGCAGCAGCAGCAGCAGCAUCAGCAUCUGCAGCAGCAAGCACGGCAACGCCGCAAGGACCAGCAGCAGCAGCAGCAGCAGCAGCACAAGCAGCAGCAGCACCAUCUGCUGCGGGUUUGCCUCAGGAUUCCUCACCUUCGGAGGCGAUGAGGGAGCAGCAGCAGCUGCUGCCGCAGCAGCAGCCGAUGCUCCAGCAACAGCAGCAAAUGCUGCAGCAGCAGCCAAUGCUACAGCAGCAGCAGAUGCUGCAGCAGCAGCAGAUGCUGCAGCAGCAACAACGCCCCACUGCUGACUUCGUGGCUGGAGGCACCAUGGAGGGAGACUCAGCAGCAGCAGCAGCAGCAGCAGCGGGAGCGCCUCUGCUACCGCAGCAGCAGCAGCAGCUCUUGAGUGAACACAUGCAGCAGCGGCAGCAGCCGCAGCAGCAGCAGCAAAUGGCGAGAGUGCAGCCAGUGCAGCACCAGCAGCAGCAACAGCCGCAGCACAUGCUUCCAGGGGGACCGCUGCAGCAGCAGCAACACCUCCUGCCGGCCCCACAUCAACAGCAGCAGCCGCUGUUGCAGCAGCAGCAGCAGCAACAGCUGCGGCAGCAGCAGCAGCAACAGCCGCAUUGGGUUGCAACGCAGCAGCACGCGGUUCCUAUGCUGAUGCAACAGCAGCAGCAUAUGCUGCUGCAGCAGCACCAUCAGCCCUUAGCCUAUAGCAGCAAACCUCAUUUACCUCAGCAGCAGCAGAUGGAGGGUGCUUAUGACUUGCAGCAGUUGCAGCAGCAGCAGCUGCAGCAGCAGCAGCUGCAACAGCAGCAACUGCAGCACCAGCAACUGCAGCAGCAGCAACUGCAGCAGCUGCAGCAGCAGCAAAUGUUCUCGCGUCCUCCUUACGUGCAGCCGCAGCAGCAGCCACAGUCAGGUGAGGAUGCUGCUGAUGCAGCGCAGCAGCAGCAGCAGCAGCAGCAGCAGCAGCAGCAACAGUACCAGAGGCCAAUGUACAUACAGGCCCCUCCGCAGCAGCAGCAGCUGUCUCCCUACCCUACUGCAGCAACACACCUCACACAGGCAGCAGGAGCAGAUGGAAAUCUGCAGCAGCAGCAGCAGCAGCAGCAGGCGCUGGGCGGUACUCCGAUGCAGCCGUUUUCGCCGCAGCAGCUGCAGCAGCAGCAGCAGCACCAGGUGUAUCUGCAGCAGCAAGCUGCCUUUCAGGCUGCUGAAGGACCUCAAAGGCACUUCUCGCCGCAGCAGCAGCAGCUGCAGCAGCAGCAACUGCAACAGCAGCAGCUGCAGCACCAGCAGCUGCAACACCAGCAGCUACAGCAGCAGCAGCUGCAGCACCAGCAACUGCAGCAGCAGCAACUGCACGCGCAGCAGCUGCAUCCGCAGCAGCUGCACCCGCAGCAGCAGCAGCAGCAGCUCAUGUGUCACGAACAGAAUGCAUUUGCUGCUCAGCAGCAGCAGCAGCAGCAGCGUUUUGUUGCAGCAGCACCGCAGCACCCGCAAGCCCGCUUUGCUGCUGCUGCUGCUUUGCCUCAGCAGCAGCAGCAACAACGCCUGCCGCAGCAGCAGCAGCAGAUGCAGCAAGCUGCCUACCCGACGCAGCAGCAGCAGCAGCAGCCAGGCUACUAUCCUGUUGGCAUGCAGCCGCAGCAGCAACUUAAUGGUACUGCAGCAGAACUGCAACACUUGCAGCAGCAGCAGCAACUGCAGCAGCAGCAACUGCAGCAACAGCAAAUGCACCAGCAGCACAUGCAACAGCAGCAACUGCAGCAACACCUGCAGCAGCAGCAGCUGCAGCAGCAACAGUUUCGACAGCAGCAGCUUCAGCAGCAGCAGCACCUGCAGCAUCAGCAGCUGCAACAGCUUCAGCAGCAGCAGCUCCAGCAGCAGCCGCAGCACUUGCCGCAGCAGCACCAGAUGCAGCAGCAGCAACUGCAGCAGCAGCAGCAGCACCUGCAGCAGCAGGGGCUGUCUCCUGCAAGCCAGAGACAGCUGUCUACAGGCAGCAAGAGCAGCAAAAGUUCAUCGCGUUCUAAGAGGCCGCAGCAGCAGCAAUCGAAGGGUGCUGCUGCUGCAGCUGCUGCAGCAGCGGAGCAGCAGCAAACUGCUGUUGUUGGUGCUGCAGUUGCUCCAGGCGCUUUGCAUGCAUCUCAAGGGGCGGGAGGAAGUAUUCCUGCUGCUGCUGCUCAGCAGCAGCAGCAGCAUUUGCAGCACCAGCAGCGGCUGCAGCUGCAGCAGCAGCAUUUACAGCAACAGCACCAGCUACAGCACCACCGGCAGCUGCAGCAGCUUCAGCAGCAACAGCUGCAGCAGCACCAGCUCCAGCAUCAGCAGCUCCAGCACCAGCAACUGCAGCAGCAGCAGCUCCAGCAGCUGCAGCAGCAGCAGCAGCUGCAACAGCAGCAGCUACAGCAGCAGCAGCUGCAGCAACAGCCCGAGUACGGGGUCCACGCAUUUGCUGCGCAUCCAGUCGGCUAUGUUGACCCGCAGCAGCAGCAGCAGCAGCAGCAGCAACAGCGUCCUACUGCUGCUCGCCCCGCCGGCGCUUGA